AUGACCGUCUCAGCUCAACCGUCUGGGAAGCCUCCGACACCACCGCCUGCAUACUCGGAGCAUCCAGCUCCUCAGCAGCACCUCUCGCCAAAUCAAUCAACUUCUGCUAGCCCAAACACCUCCGUCGGUCCACCGCUCCCCUUUCCCGCACAUGCAGGCUAUGGCCCGACACCUAUACUAGCCCAGCAAACGCAACUACUGCCGUACUAUGACCCUCGCUCGCCGUAUGCAAUGGCAGAGGCAUCGUCGCGCGCACGAUGGCGAUUCAUCGAGGCAGUCCUGUGGGCGGUCAUCAUACUGUCUGCCGUGAGCUUCGUGACGGGCUGGGAGAUUCAGAUGAUGAUGGCCAGGGGUGCUAGGGUGGAGCCGGGGGCAUACGAGAGGUAGAGUCUGAGAAAUACACGGAUCAUACCACACCUUUCCCAACUACUCUUUACGCCUGCUGAUGAUUUCUCAUGAUGAGGACCUGGUUCGACCUGUUGAUUCGUUGUUGAUCACGCGCUCUCCUAUAUGCCUUUGUACACGCCGUCCUGCCCUUACAUACAUACCUCGCAACGCGAACCUUUCGUAUAAUUGUCUUUACUGCUACGAUCACCAUUACGGACCGCUAGCCAUAGCUAUCAGAAGGCGUGGUGGAAAGGCGGUCUGGGGGAGGAUGGAGUCGCGUCUAAUUAAU